AAUCGACCCCGGGUGCCACUGUCUAUGCCACUGAAUUGCCUUCCAUCACAUCCCAGAACAAGCGCAAGCCACCCGAUGACACUCGUUCAGACUGCGAUGACACAGGAUCUCAUCCAUCGAAGCGCACGAGGUACACAGGCAUUUCUGAUAGGCUUUUACUCUCGUCCCACUCGAAAGCGGCACCUCUCAGCACGCCGUACCUAUCCCUCCUACCAGCCGAGCUCCUUGAUCGGAUCUGUACCCAUCUUCUCGACUACGCCGAAGUCACCCUGUUUGCCCUGA